AACACUCUGGGACAGGUUCCCAACGCGGUAGUAGCGCGCCGUCGGCCGCAGUAUCGUCGUACGGUUUGCGCAAGAACCAUCCGCUCGUUCCUCAUCGAGCAUGGCACUCGGCUCACCUGUCGUCGCGCCGCUGUCAUAAAGUCCGAUUCCUUCUUCCCUCGCCUAGCUCGCGAUCGAUCCACGCGACUACUCCGAGACGACCGACCGACACGUCGUCUCCUCCGUCUUCCGUCUUUUCGAUCAGGAUCCCUGAAGAGCACCGAGUCGUCGGGAGCUCGUGUGAAUAGUGAACGAUUGAUAGAUCGCCCAUUUGAUCGGCCGGUGAACGAUGUGAUCGCGGUGAUCGCGACGGUGCGUGUUUACGACUCGGCGACGAUCGAGGGAGAGUCGAUCGAAACAUGCCCCUCGACGAUCCCUCGAAGAACGGGACAUGAACGGGACGACGCUCGAUAGAGACAAGAGCGCGAGGAGUUUCACCUUCGGCGAUACCGAUCUCGAGAAACGUGGAGCGUCGUUCAAAACGCGACUCGCUCACUGAGAAUCGAAUAUGCGCGCUGCGACAGAAUCGUGUGACGAUCGUGCCCGUGCUGCUGGUCUCCGCGGAAUUUCGAGCGUCCCUUGAAAAAGACGGGUUAUCUUCUUACGCGCGACGGCGCUCGAAGAGUCGCCCAGAGAUUCUAAGAAUUGUAAGGGGAUAACGACCGCAACUUAGGAUUCGAAAAGGUCGAGAGACAACGACUGACCUAUAUUGACAAUACUGAGAGUGCGGGAAGUUCAGCGAUCACAUAACUUCACUUCGAAUGUGCUUCCGCGAAGACAAUCUCGUGAGUGCGAGGCAAACGGUGGGGUUCAAACGUGAUUUACUUUUCGUCGCAAAAAUAAAAAUAUCGAUGGGAGGAACUAUGUUGCGACUCGUUUCCUGGUGCUUCAUUUGAUACAAAAUAUCAACAGCGACAACGGCAACAGUAUAGUCAAACAACUCUAGAAGCGAAAUAACAACGGCAAAUAACAUCGUUGUUCAACGCGGCGUUAAUCAACGCGUACGAGUGAUACCCGCGCGUAUAAAUAAUAAACAAUAAACUAUGAUAUAAAAUUGAGAGAUAGGCGAAUCUCGUGAAUUUGCCGCUGCCAUCGGCUGUUAAAUUAACUGCGGACAAGGGAUUUGAUCUUCAGUGCUUAUGUGCCUGUGUCUCGUAUGUGCGGUUCAUUUUAUGCGCGACGGAACGUUUGCGAUGAGAUCGGACGAGUCAACGGGGUUAAGCAUCGCUAAUUAUCUUAGAGCUGCCGUAUAAUUAGCGCUAAUUAAUCAGCGCGACUCUUCACGCUCCCCCAUUCCUCUUGGAUUCGAGCUGCGAGUUACACGCUUUCCGCCGCCGCGAGCUCAUAUACAGAAACAAUGAGGUGGCUUUGGAUAAUUGUCUUAGUGGCUCUGGCGCUGCCAGCUGCUGUCCCACGAAGAAUCCACAGAAGCAAGCCCACGCCACGACUGUACGGCGACAGAGUCUCUGUCAGUUCAAUAACGACCACUAACAGCAAGGUACGGCAAAAGAUCGUGGACACCCACAAUUACUUUCGCACGCAGGUCAAGCCAACUGCCGCCAACAUGCUCAUCAUGAAAUGGCAUUCGGGUUUAGCAAAGGCAGCACAGAGGUGGGCAGAUCGCUGCCUCGGUUUAGUGCACGACAAUGCGACCGGCCUUUACCUGGACGGCUUUGGACAGAGUGGACAAAACAUAUUCAUCAGUACGGGUCGUACACUCUGGAACUUCCCCAUCAGAAUGUGGUACAUGGAGUACAAGGACUUCAAGUACGGGCCCAAUACGACGAAUGAGAUCCUCGAGAUCGGCCAUUACACGCAGGUGGUGUGGGCGACGACACAUCUGGUCGGAUGCGGGGUGAGCCAUUGCACCGGCGGCAAGGGUCCGCUCGGCAAGGAUUUCUACAUGUACGUUUGCAACUAUGCUCCGAGCGGGAAUUACAAAGGUCGCCUGGGCCUGCCCUACGUGGCCGGAAAGCCGUGCAGCAUGUGCAAGGACCACUGCACGCAGGACGCACUCUGCACGAACGCCUGCUACCAUACCGAUCUCUGGUCGAAUUGCGCCGAGCUGGUCAGGACGUUUGGCUCGUGGGUCUGCGAGACGGACACCGAGGAGGGCCGCGAACGCCGGAAAUUCUGUGGCGCCACAUGCAACUGCAAGGACAAGAUUUACUACCAUCACGAAGGGUAGGAGGACUUCUUGACUUCCGCGUUUGGGUCCAUCAUGUUGCAUGAAUAAUUUAAUCGCCCUGCAAAACUAAACUCAAACCUGGUGGGUGUGACGACGACUAAACGACGACGGAUCGUUUAACGGGGGAUCGUGUUGUUUUAUUGAUGAGCUCGUUUGUUUAGUGAUGAGAGCUGAAGGAACACUCGCGACGUUUCGAGCUAGGGCAUCGAGAGAGAGAGAGAGAGAGAGAGAGAGAGAGAGAGAGAGAGAGAGAGAGAGAGAGAGCAAGCGAGUAAACGGGAUAAUAUGGAAAUACGGUAGAUGAAGUGAUUGUGGAAUUUGUGUGCUAUCUGAAUCUCUGGGGCCUAGAUUUCGCGAAUUCUAGAGAUUGCCCAAAGUCUAAUAGAUCAAUAGAUUCUGUGCCGCAACAAAUCUGAGCGUUACGAACUGCACAUAAUCUUUCGAUUCCAGAUCCCAGAGAUUCCAAAAUGUGUUUCUCGUUGUAAUAUAAUCCUCAAAUUCUAGGACGCUAAAUUUUACAAUCCUCGAGUGUUCAGAAUCCUUUAAAACUUCACGAAUUACCAGUGCAAAACUCGCGUCCAUCUUUUAUGAUUUCAGCAAAACCGCAUUCUCCACAAAAUUCUACGCAAAGUAACCAAUACGUUUGUAAAAAAAUAUCAAGCGUACAAUUUUUCAAUAUUUAAUUUAAUAUUUAACUUGUUUCUAGCACCUGAUUCUUGCAGUAAUAUAAAAAUCAUACAGAGAAGCUUGAAAAGAAAUGGAGAAAUUUUUCAAGUGAGCGCGUCGUUUUGGCAUCGAGAUUAAAAUGUAUUAUAUCUUACGUUUAUACAUCUCACGUUUUGAGAAUCUCAUAAUUAAUAUGCACGCACGUAUAUCCGCGGGAAAACAAAAAAUUCCAGGACUGGGUUUAAAAAUUUUUUUAUAUACUCUUAGCUUUUUAUCAGUAACUCUUUAAUCUGCUUGCUCUUUGUAAAAAUAGAAUUUUUAGUUAUAUUAUGCAUCUACAAAGUAAUUCCGAGCUGCUAUCCUUUUAUAAUUUUUUUAAUACUUACAAGUGAGUAUAAUUUUUUUAAUUCGUUAUAACAUUUCUGUGUUUUAUUCGGAGGAAUGUACACAGAAAGAACAAUUUUACUGCGGCAUCUAAAAAUUUGGCUAGAUACAGUUUAGAAAAUAAUUUUACGUUGAGUCAUUAAAAUAAUUUUGUAGGAUGUGUACGCCCAAGCUUGGUAAUAACGCUGUAAACAAUUUUGACAUUCUAGCAACCAAGUUAAACAUCCGAUAAAAUUUUUUAAAUGCUUCAACAUAAUUAUUUUCAAGGCUGUGCAUUUCAGCAAAAUUGUUCUCUUUAUGUAGUUUCAGUCAUGUGUGUAUUAAAAAAAAAAUAAUAAUAAUAAAGAUUAACGUUCUAUAUUUGUUCGUAAUUCAGUUCAUAUUUUUUUGUAUUCUUAUUUGCACAAACGCACAAAGCAUAAAAAAUAUAACCAAUUUUAUUAGUUUAAUACAAUUGCUUGCACAUUAUACUUUUGAUUUUAUAAAUAUUUACAACAGUGUAAGUUAUUUUGAAUCAAAUUAAUUGAAUUGGAAAACUUUCGUUUAAGCAGAUAACACAGUAACCUAAUUUGAGCGUAUUUUAUUUUGUCUAAUCGUAAAACCUUGACAUACGUUCCUCGUAUUUCUUUCUUGCCUAAAACGAUAACUUUUAAACAUCAUAAAAAUUGUAAAUAAAUCUGGUGGAUAACAUAUCGAAACUGACAAUUAUUAGACGAUAGACGCACUUCUAAUUUUAGCUAAAUAUUAAGAAGAACAAUGUAAAAAUUAAACUAAGCUUCGAGAAGACGGUGUGUCGAUGUUUUUUGUCGUGAUGUAACGAUGGAAACUUCACUUUGUUAGCAAUUAACAAUAACGAUAACGGUUAUUUUUAUCUUAGAUUUAACAACAUCGCGCAGCGCGAUAUCGGAUGAAAGCAGGUCGGAAUUGUAAAGUUAACUCUUUACCGCAUAAUUUCUCUUACAAUUAAGAAUAUAUUUUGGCUGAACAAAACACGCGGUGCAUUCUAGAGACCCAAUUCUCUUUUCUCGCGAUGAGAUUUAUAAAGGUACAUAUCGCGCGACAAAGGUACAUUAUCAACAUUAUCUAUAACAACACGGUACGUUUAUUACGUAAAACGAGAAUUUUCGCACGGCCGAGUUAUGAGUAAAUAAAAAUUUAUGGCAACAAAAAUGGGAAGAAUUUUUAUCGAAUAAAAAAAAAGUACGUUUUUCUAAAAAAGUAAUAUUGCACAUAUUUUGUAUAAAUGACAUCUAUUUGAUUUUUGUAAAAAGUUCUAUGUUUAAUAUAGUGCUUCUCGUACGGUUUACGAAAAAUUGUUGACGUUAUUUUUAUAAAAAUUGAAAAAAUUGAUGUUGUGAAAAAUAUAUACCGCAAUGAUGCGGUAAAGAGUUAAAAAUAAAUCGUUAUAAACAUAAGAUACAUAAUCAAUAAUAUGGAGGAAACAGCAUGUGUGAUAAAUGGCGAGCGUGAUUGACGAUAAUGUUAGGCACUUGAUUGUCGAUAAUUAAGGAGUUCGCUAAAGAGAUAUAACAGUGAAUGUGUAACGAUACAGCUCCAAAUAAAAUGUUUAAACUGUAAUACUUUUUGUCCACUUACAAAAUAAAUAUAUCCUGUAAAUAUUACAA